GCUGCUGCUGCUGCUGCUGCUGGGCUGGUCCCUUGCUGCCCCCUGAGCCCGUCGGGUGGAGCAUGAAGCACCAUGGUGUGGUGCGACCGUGGGGUCCAGAUGCUGCUGACCACGGUGGGCGCCUUCGCCGCUUUCAGCCUCAUGACCAUCGCCAUCGGCACGGACUACUGGCUCUACUCGAGCGCCAACAUCUGCAACGGGACCAACAUCACCACGGACGAGACCUCGCCGAGCCAGCCCAAGAAGGCGAAGGGGGACCUCACCCACUCCGGCCUCUGGAGGAUCUGCUGUGUCGAAGGGAUAUAUAAAGGGCACUGUUUUCGAAUCAACCACUUCCCAGAAGACAACGACUAUGAUCAUGACAGCUCUGAAUACCUUCUCCGUAUUGUCCGUGCCUCCAGCGUAUUUCCUAUCCUAAGCACAAUAUUACUGUUACUGGGAGGGCUCUGCAUUGGAGCUGGAAGGAUUUACAGCAGCAAGAACAACAUUAUCCUCAGUGCUGGGAUACUUUUUGUUGCAGCAGGAUUAAGUAACAUAAUAGGAAUUAUCGUCUACAUAUCCAGCAAUGCAGGUGAUCCUAGUGACAAGCGGGACGAGGACAAAAAGAACCAGUACAAUUAUGGAUGGUCUUUUUAUUUCGGAGCCUUGUCUUUCAUUGUGGCAGAAACAGUUGGAGUUCUAGCUGUGAACAUUUAUAUUGAAAAGAACAAAGAACUGAGGUUUAAGACCAAGAGGGAUUUCCUUAAGACCUCUUCCUCUUCCCCUUAUGCCAGGAUGCCAAGCUAUAGAUACAGAAGGAGGAGGUCCAGAUCAAGUUCUCGAUCUACAGAGCCUUCUCCAUCCAGGGAUGUUUCCCCAGUUGGCAUGAAAAUGUCAGGUUCAAUUCCCAUGAAUGAAAUCUCCAUGUACACACUGUCCAGGGAACCCUUGAAGGUCACCACAGCCGCAAGUUACAAUAUGGAACAAGACGCUGGUUUUCUUCAAGUCCACAAUUUCCUUCAAAAGGAAUUCAAAGAAGGACUUCAUAUCAACAUGGUCAACCGGAGAACAACACCUGUUUGAAAGGAUUUGCUCACUUUUUCUUAAACAGAGGAGAAACAAAGCAAAAUGCAGCUCUUUUAUAGAAUACCGUACAUCACCCAACCCAUGAGGAACUCCCUCCCUCAAAACCAGGGCAGAGAGAACUUGACUUCGAAAGUCAGUAACAAAAAAAACUUGGGAGAUGACAAGCAUGUAGAGACUGAUGCUAUGUAUCCUGAGAUGGAACUUCACAAACAUUAUUCAUCAGCAAGCCUCUCAGGUGCCACAUUCUAAAUUUCAAGCAUGGAUAGGAGAAUUAAGGCAGCCUUCCCCCAACUUGGUGCCCUAUGGAUGUAUUGGACUGCAACUCCCAUAAUCCCCAGCCAGCAGGUUGGGGAUUAUGGGUUCAGGAAGGCUGAGUUAAGUUAUAAAGGCUGAAUUAUGGUAUGAAUCAGCUCAUUGGCCUAUCCAGCCCAGUUCUUUCAGUGAUCUUUGGCAGACGUCUCGCCCAGCCCAGCCUGGCUUCCUGAGAUUCUUUAACUUGAGCUGCUACUAAAAUUGAACCAUGCAAAUCAUCUAAUAUGCCACACUGAGCUGUAGCCCCACCUCCAAACUACUUUAAUCGUCAGUACGGUGCUUAGUGCACAAUCGGAAAUAUCCUGCAGAUGAUAUCAAUGGCUUAACUAUUUAUUGCAGGGGCAGGGAUCAUGGAUUAAAUCCAAUGUCAUGCAAUCGGACUUCCCCACGCUCUUCUCUCCUCCUGAGCAGAUUGGG